AAGAAAACUUGUUCUGUCACAGAACCAGACUGUCGAGCUGUAAGAUAAAUUUACAGCUUCGUCAUAUGGUUUCAUGUGUUUUGAGUUGAACGGAGUCUUCCUCAUCUGAUGUGAAGAACCUGUAGUUCUGGUUAAGAACUAGAUCAGAUUAUAAAAAUAAAGUGAAUAGAACUGAAUGCCUGUAGUGGACCCAAACGAGACGAUGUUCUGUUUAUCUUUGUUUCUCUGCUGUGAUCCAAAAACGUGAAAAGAGUUCAACUUAAAACCCACAACAAAUAACCCUACUACUAUUCUGCUCUGUUCUAUUUGAUUAUUUUCUGUUUUACUCUGUUCUAGUCUGCUGUGUUCUAUUCUAUUCUACUCCAGUGUAAUGUGCAGACUGGGUUCCAGCGGACUCUGUUUCUGUUCUUAUGAGGGAAUCCUGCCUCACAUGAAGCCUCUAAAUUAUAUCUCAGAUAUCAGCAGUUUACUUUCUGUUAGGAAAUGUUUUCCUGUCUAACUUUCCAGCUGUCUCUCUGCCAUCCGUCGCUUUUUGAUGUUCUGCCAGUCGGUCCGUUAACAGAACCUGGUCGUGGAGACAUGUUUUAUAGGUGAUUUAAGGUCUUAUUUUUCUCGUUUUCUUCUGCGUUCUGCUUGAAUCGGGUCAAUGUGAGUCCUAAGGAUGCUUCAGUCCCUAUGUAUCUGUGGUCCCCUGAUGGACUGCGCACGAUAGGUCUGCCUGGACCUGGGCUCACAAUGGGUUCGCUAAAUAAGCUCAUAUCAGCAAAAUCAGUUGGCGGGCCAACCUGGGUCUUAGCCUAGGUCUCCAGAAGGUUUUGGAUGAAUCCGUUUAAAGUACUCAACACAUCAAGAGUCCAGAUGUGUCACUUUUUCAGGAGUUUCCAGGCCCACUAUCCAACCUAAAACUUUAUUUAUUCCCUGAAGGGAGGGGGGGGGGUCAGUUGUCAGGAGCAUAAAUCCAUUUAUCAGACUUUCCUGGUAAACGCUUUAAGCUUUGCAAACAUGGUUCAUGCUCUGGCAGCAGCGUUCAGUCUCUAAUCUAAACUAAAACAACCCAGUUUAAACCUGAACUGAGACCAAAUUACCCCACUUAUGUUGUUCAGGUCUGGGGGCUGUAAAUUAAGUGUGCAGUCCAGUCCUGUUGUGGGUUAACUGUUCCCAGAGCCCCUGGUUCCCAUUAUGAAGGCCCCUCGGUAAGCUCCCAUAUCGACUAUGAGCGUUACCUCCCUAAAACAAAUAAAAAAAAGAUUUUUAAAGAGCGCCGAGGGUCUGAAGGGUGAUAAAGAUCAGGGUGGGAGACGGCCCUGGCCCCCGAUGGCAGCACCAGCUGGGUCGGUGGGGGCCGGGGGGUGAUUGGGUACUCCCCGGGGAGACGGCAUCAGAAAGGAAAACAUUCAGCUCCCACGCACUUUGCUGCUGGAACCAGAGCGAAUGUGGGAAAUAUCAGUCAUCAUGUUUAGAUGGAGCUUUAACCGUGGGACCAUCGGAGCUUUAAGGCUCAGUUCAUCCAGAACAUCCCAGCUGCUCUUGGGGACACACUACUUCAGAACAAGUACCUUCAUGUUACAAAGAGCUCAGAGGAACAAAGACUGGAAGGAUCCCCAGGUUUGAAUCUGUUAAAGCUAGGAUCUGCCUCCACAGCCUGAUGGUGGAUGUUUGAACAGGAUGGAGCCUGGAAAGACAGAUAUGGAGCUGCUCAGUAACAGCAUGGCCACCUACGCCCACAUCAAAGCCAAUCCAGAGAGCUUCGCUCUUUACUUCAUGAUGGGCGUCUCAUUCGGGCUCUUCAUGGCGCUCUGCCUCCUGAUUGCCGGCAUCGCCUGCAGGACCCACCGCUUCAGAAGACCUCCUCCAACGCCCGAGAUGAGGCAGCUCAGAGAGUCCAGCAAGGAUCAGGAGGAGGAGGAGGAGGAAGAGAGCAUGUCAGAGGUAGAUGGGAUGGAGUCUGGGUUGGAGUCUGAGAGCAAAGUGACAGGGGGGCCCCUGAGCGAGCGCAGCAGCCCGUCUAACGGCACUCUGAGGAGCCUCAACGUGUUCACGUCUGCGGAGGAGCUGGAGAAGGCCCGGCGUCUGGAGGAACGGGAACGGAUCGUCCGCGAAAUCUGGAGAAAUGGGCAGCCGGACAUCCUGGUUACUGGGACGGGAACGAUCGGACGGGUGCAUUACCACUGACUUUAACCAGAGGGAAGCAGGACUGAGAUGUUUCUGCCUGGAGUGAUUUUUAUUUAUCAGGUUUUUAACCCUUCCAGCAGAGGGCGCUCCACUCAUCUCUGAGUUUCUAGUUAAACGAGGAAAGCUCCAGUGUUCCCAGUAAGCCCAGUUCCAGAAUGACUCUGAAGGUUCCAGUUUCCUUAUUUCCUUUUUGAAAUGAACUUCAGACGAGUGAAGCUGAACUGCUACACUUAGAUGACCAAAAACCUCAGAACCAGGGAGAAACAUUUCAUUUAUUUUCCUUUACUUUUGGGAAUUUUGACCAAAUGUCCCAGCCUUUAAACUUUUAUAUGAAUGUUUUUAAUGCAAACUGAAACCCGAAAUGAACUGAACCCGUUAAGAAAAGGUUAACUAGUAAACCAAAGGAAAAGUGAAGGUUUAAUCCUGUAAUCUGGUCCUCAUCUGCUCACUCUGAUUAUUCAGCUUUAUUUAAAUCAUUCUGGUGUCAUUUACUAUAAAUGAGUUUUAUUGUUGGUUUAUUUCUUCUUCACUUCAUGAAGACAGCAGGUUAGCUCAGUUAAGUGAAGAACAUUUAAAGCUGGACUGCAGAUGUUUCCUGGUCUUCAUGAUCUUCUCAGACCAUCUGAUAGCUUCUGUUCUGUAGAUUCUGAAGUCGAGCUCCAGUUAAAACCCAUUUUAUUAAAUUGAUAAAUACACCUGUUGACUGGACUGGAUCUUCCAGAAUGAUCUUCUGCUGUGGAAAGUCUCUUACCUCUUUGACAGCAUGAAGUUCUGGGUUUGUUGCUACAGAAAGACUAAAAACUUCAUGCUCCCAUCUGAGAAAGUUUUUAUAAUAAUUGUUGGAUAAGGAGUAAUAACAGGAGCUAACAGAAACCCAGAUGAACUUUUACCAGAUUCUGUCUCCGAGCCAUCACUUCCUGUGUUCCAGUUAUAACCCGGAUCUCCUGUGCCAGUCUGUGCCAAUGUUUUCUAUUCAGAACCCUCUGGGGUCACUCAGAGCAAAGACCCAGGAGAUGGUUUAGUUUCUCAGGACUUUCACUGAUUAGACGUGUUUUGAGUUCCUUCAAAUUUUCCAUGUCAAACACAAACCCGAACAUUUGUUGUUAUAAUUGGACUUUAUGAUGAUGUGGAAAAGUCUGUUCAUUUAUUUAUGGUCUGAAGAUCUGGACUCUUUCUGAGGGUCGUUUAGUUUUCCAGACUGACUGACAUGUUGAGGUUCUGAACUUUGCACUAAUGUUCACACGGAGCUGCGUUCCCAGUUAUAAACACAUUUUUCAUUGAAGCCAUAAUUUCCUAUUUCCCUUCCUUCAAUCCAGAACUUUCUGGAUUCUGUAAGGUCGGGAUCCACAGUUCUCUGGGUUUCUUUCAUUGUUUUCUUUAGACUGGCAGAUUCUUAUUAUUUUUAACCUCAGUUAACAGUUAUUUCCAAAGAGCUGCACUGACCUUUGUUGUAAUUAUUUACCGUUGACCUGCUGGAGGUUUUCUACUGGAAGGUUUAAAGAAACUUCUACAUGCGGAGGAGCUGUGGGGGAAGUGCUGACCCGGUGACCAGCAGUGAGAUGUUCCACCUGAAGCUUCAUGAAAAGCUGUAGGAGCGUGGAUGCUCCUACACGCAUGUUUAUCUUUUAGGAAUCAGACAAAGGAAAACAUAACUUUCCAGAUUAGAUUUUCCAAUAUUAAUCUUUCCAGUGAACAAAUAGCUUCAUGUGAAUCCUCUUCUGCUGUGUUCUGACUUACAGGUUAAACAUUUUAAAUGAAAAUAAAGAUGUUAACGCCUCUGACA